AUGCGUUUCUACGCUGAGGUACCGCAGCCGCUGUCACAACGACACAGACCUUCCUCAAACAGACGCCACAAACACGAUGUUUACAAUGGAACUGUGACCUUUCUGCCUUUGGAGGAAAGCAGUGAAGGAAAAUACCAGAUUAAAAAGUGCAAUAUUUAUCAAAUUCAACUUACACACAUAAAAGAUGAGGAAUGGUCUGUGUCUGUUGUAGCUCCAUUUCCGGAAGAUUGGUUUUCAGAUGGAGUUGCAUACCCGAAACUAGCAUGGCUUGGAAAUGACCUUUUGUCCAAACUGGCUAAAUGGUCUGUGGAACAAAAGCCCAGUGACUUUAAAAGUACACUCUCGCUCAUUUCUGUAGCAAAAUACAGCAAAGUUUACCAAGACCUUAAGGAAAAAUACAAAGAGAUGGUAAAGGUUUGGCCUGAAGUGACAGAUCCUGAGAAAUUUGUUUAUGAAGAUGUUGCCAUUGCCACUUACUUGCUGAUUCUUUGGGAAGAAGAGAGGAAGGAAAAAGGGUUGACCGAGAAACAGUCAUUUGUAGAUCUUGGAUGUGGAAAUGGUCUACUGGUUCAUAUUCUAAACAAUGAAGGGCAUUCAGGUAGAGGAAUUGAUGUGAGGAGAAGAAAAAUAUGGGACAUGUAUGGACCAGAAACUCAUUUAGAGGAAUCUACAAUCAUGCCAGGUGACAGUCAUCUCUUUCCAGAUACUGACUGGCUCAUAGGAAACCAUUCCGAUGAAUUGACACCAUGGAUACCUGUAAUUGCAGCUAGGUCUUCCUAUUCGUGUUGCUACUUUGUGCUGCCAUGUUGCUUCUUUGAUUUCCAUGGAAAAUACAGCCGAAGACAAAGCAAGAAAACUCAGUACAGAGAAUAUCUUGAUUUUGUUGCACAAGUGGGAUUUGUAUGCGGCUUCCAUGUGGAAGAAGAUUGCCUUAGAAUUCCAUCAACAAAAAGGGUGUGCCUUAUUGGAAAAAAUAGGACCUAUCCACCUACAGAAUGUGCUGUGAUUGACAAGCAGAUAACACAGUAUAUUAACAAUCGUCAGACCUGUGCUGUGGUCACGUGUGACAGAAGAGUUGGAUUUAAUCAUAAGGAUCAUUCUGGUGUGUGCAAAGAAGGAGGCUCAGAACUUCCUGAAGAUGAGACUGAUACUGCUGGUAAAAUUUGGAUGCCUGGAUUUCAACCCAGAGAAAAAGUAGAACAAAUCAGAAAUUGUGCUUCACUCCCUCGGGAUUUUGUAGAUGACGUGGUUCUCGAUGUGGCAAACUUGCUGUUAAAUGCGACCCCCCAAAAAUCAUGUUCUAAUAUGCACAGUGGAAAUACAAAUAUGUGGAAUCAAGGAGAAAGCCUUUCCUUGAAAGAAGUAGCAGAACACUUAAAUAAAGAGACUUUAAAAAGGCUAAAGAAUGAAUAUGGAGGCCUGCAGACACUACUCAAGAACAAUCAUCAAGUUUUUGAAGUUCUAAAUGGGAGAGUUCAUAUUCGUGACUGGAGAAAAGAGAAACCAUCAAGGAAAACUAAGCCUGAAGUGAAACGACGCCUUUCAGCUGAAGCAUUUAAAACACGUCUCUGUUGGUUUUUCAUUCAUCAUCCCGAUGGUUGUUCUUUGCCUUCUGAAUCUUGCCCCUAUGCUCAUGGGACUGAGGAACUAAGGCAGUCUCAGAUUAUUAAAAAGAAAAAACAUAUACAGUAAUAAAAUGCUGCCACUUAUUUUUAAGCUUGUGUACAUAACUGAAUCUGUGAUUGACUUUGGGACUGCCUAGUGCAUGAAGAUCUGUACAAUAUGGAGGGGUUUUCCGCAUUCCUGUGCAUCUUAUUUUCUAGUUGGUUUAA